AUGAAGGCCGCUGCUGCUCUCCUCGUUGCUCUCGCUGCUGGCGUCUCCGCCCAGUCGUCCGUUCCUCCUUUCCGCUACGGAACUCCCAGCGCCAGCUUCCCUGGUGUCAGGGGCACCAACAGGAACGGCCCCACCAACCCCUCCGCUCCUCAGCUCAACACCCCCAUCAACCAGACCUCUGACUCGCGUCUCGCUUCCCUCAACUCGGUCGACGACUGGUGCACCUUCGGCCCUCAGGUGCCCGGCACCAUCAUCGGCAACGUCGAGGGUGAGACCGUCGCCUACUGCACAAAGGCUCGUAACAACGCCCGUGUCAUUCCCGAUGGCACCGUCACUGCUGCUCACUUCGUCAGGACUCCCCUCUACGUCCAGCUCAUGGCUCUUGGUGACUUCACCAAGAUCGGUCUCGUCGCUGGUGACGAGGGUGGUGAGCUUGACCCCCACGGUGCUACCAACAUGGGCAACCCUGUCGGUGGUAACGUCACCUCCAACAUCUCGGGUGCCGACGUCUUCUACGAGGAGUGGAUGAACUACAUCUCGUACAACCAGCUCUGCUUCCGUAUCUGCAUCGCCGGUUCCGAGCAGGCUCCCACCGCCCUCGAGUGCCAGCACGAGCUCGACGUCAUGGGCUGCAACUUUGUCAUGCCCGGCAACUACGCCCCCGACGUCUUUGAGACCUGCGACGGUGACUCUGCCUACCCUCCUGGUCUUUACCCCGAGGCUGACGGACGCACUUCCACCUUCCAGCAGUUCUACACGGGUGUCUACACUGCGGGCGGUACCGUCUACUCGUACACCAACGGUGCUGCUGACCAGACCACCCCCACCGCCGCUUACUCGACCCCCUCCACCUCCAACUGCAGGACCACCGCAUCGAUCUCCAACGGCAUCAGGUCGCUCAUUGUCUCCUCGUCCUCGUCCGCCUCGUCGUCCUCGGCCUCUUCGUCGUCGGUGUCCUCCUCUUCCAGGUCCACCUCUGCGGCCCCUGGCUCCACCUCGGCUGCUUCGGGCUCCGGCUCUGGCUCGGGCAGCAGCAGUGGCAGCAGCAGCGGCUCCACCUCGGGCGCUUCCUCGCUCGCCGCUUCCGCUGUCGGCAUUGUCGGCUCCGUCGCUGCCGUCGUCGCUGGUGCUUACCUCCUCUAA